CAAUCACUUCUAGAAUCCAGUAACCAAACCCUCUGGAACUAGAUAUAUUCUGUUCCAUCGGACGUCCCACACCUCCCUUCAAACCCAACAACAACGCCUCAACACUUCCAACUCACCACAAUUACACAAAGAUGAACAACAUCCUUACCUCAACCCUCCAGACCAGCAUCCUGAUCGCCACUUCCAUCAUAGCCAUAACAGCCUUCCUAUCUUCCGUCUACCUGAUCGGCAUCAAAAUCGCCCUCCCAUUCGGUUUGCUCCUCUCAACCAAGUUUCUCAAAAUCUACAACACACAACCACUACAGGAGCAUAUUCAACACUUGGGUAAAAUACUUGCUGGUAUUUUGUUACUGCUCAUAUGCUUCAUUUGCUUAAUAUAUGAGCAGACGUCGCUGCUGGGGGGAGCCAUGCGACCACUGGGAUUCUGGGAGUUUGCAGGGUUGGCGGUUAAGGGAUGUGUAGAAGCUUUGAUUGUAUUGGGGAUACUUAGGAUGGGGUUUGCGGUGGUUCAGAAACUGGUCUUGUAGAUGAAGCAAUGGGUGGGAAGGACCAGAGGUCUUUCGCUGAUGAGUCAAAUUGAUUGCAAAAUGAGAAUUACUAGUGUCAAGAAAGUACUCGAGAGAAGUUUGCAGUAAUGCCAUUAUGAACCCUAUUUCCCGAAACCGUCCUUCUCAAAAGCAAAUGCCCCGA